AUGUUGAACGAUGAUGAUGUUAUAUAUAUAUAUAUAUAUGUGCAUAUAUAUGUAAUGUGUUCAUGCAUGUGUGUUUAUGUCUCUUUUGACCGUUUGAUUUCUUUGUGUAAAGAUGCUAAUUUCUUGAUGGCAUCAUUGCCCAGCUGCAGAUGACAAAUGUCUUCCACAGAUACACAACAGCAACAUCUUCAGUUCUUCAGUUAUAUCUUCAGUCGUUCACUAAUUUUCGGAACCAUAGUUAAUAUACAAGCUUAUAAUUCUUGUUAGUGAGUGGGUUUUGUAUUCAGAUUAACCGAUGCCGGUCUGUGUGAGGUCUUCCAGCACUUGAAAACCAUUCACUAUUCUUCUUUCAAAUUGUAGAAUUGGUCCUUUUCCCCUAAAAGCUUUGGUUGGAAGAUUCCAUCAAUUCUAAUGUCCAUCCGCUGUUUCUAACCCUGGUGUCAAAUGAAUUAGAUGUUACCUCAUUGGGGCCCUUGGUUUUGAUUGCUUCUAAUCUCAACAGACAUUGCAGAUUGUUCGUGUUGAACUGAUACUGGGACCACACACAAAUCUGUUUAGGAAUUGAGAGAAAAUUAAUAUUCGAUAAGGAUUGGUUCCAAAUUUGGAUCUGAUGAAGUGAAAUUUAUUUGUAAGAAGAGUCUGUUAUGCCACACCAGUUAUCUUCUGGAAGGUGGUGAUGCUUCACAUCAGGAGAAAGGAAAGGAAAUCUCAGUUCUUGACAAACUGAGAAUAAAAUGGAUCAUGACUGGAAUGGUUUUGAUGGUUGGUCUGCAGAGAUCCAGAGGACUUGGGACUAAGCAACCAUCUGGAAGAAAACCAGACGGUUGUUUUAAUUUGUAAAUCUUGAGGUGUGUUUUAUGAUAAAAACAAGAAAACUGUGACCAGAAUAAAAGUUUGUGGAAGACUCUGUUGGACUUGCAGCUUCUGUGUUAUUGGUUGGUUAAAGGAAAAAAAGCACCUUGUUUUGUGGAAUAACAGCAAUAAGAGAACUGGACAUUCAAGAGCUGCCAUUUCUUCAUAAGCACCUUUCAAUGUUUAUCACUCAUACUGGAGCAAUUACAUGAUGAAAUGCACACACACACACACACACACACACACACACACACUUCUGUUUCACCUCUCUCUCUUUCUCUCUUCCAUUGGCUCUUCCUCUUACAAACAAACACACACCUCACUCUGUAAAAAGACAAACACUGUUUCAUUUCUCACUCCCCCUCUUUUAUGACUGUUAAAACCCUUUUAGAUCGUUCCAAUGAGAUACAUCACAGUUUCAAAUUUUGUUCCCUUAGGUUUUGAGUUUUUAAAAAAUUAAAAUAAAAAGGACAAACUAAUUGAAUUAAUUUUACUUUCCCUUCUCUCCCCACACCUCCCAGUCUUUCCAUUCUCUCCCCACACACCUCCCAGUCUUUCCAUUCUCUCCCCACACACCUCCCAGUCUUUCCAUUCUCUCCCCACACCUCCCAGUCUUCUCCUGGAGUAAAUUAAAUUAAUUUUACUCCUGAGUUAAUCACACAAUACCUUCCAUUUCUUCAGUUGUUGUUUUUAUCUUGUUUUGGUAUCAGUUUUUUAGUUUGGCCACUACACUGACCAUUGCCCGUCUUAAUCUGUACAAUGCAAUAGUGUUGUAGUGUUUGUGUUUUUGUUGUCCUCAUGGCAAUUAAAAGAAACAGCUGUUAUGGUCCAGCCAUAUGUUGUUUCAAUGAUCUGAUGUCUCUAACAAACCUAUUAUAAUUCUCUUCAAGCCCUUAGCUUCAUUAUUACAGUCAAAGAAAUCAUGGUCUCGGAUCAAAUGCUUUGCAGUAUUUAGUGAAAGUCCCUUUACUUUGUGAGUUCAAACCCUAGCGGAGUGGACUUAAUCUUUCACAUUUCCUGGGAUCAAGGCAAUAAACACUGGUCAGGUCCUGAAGUGAGAGGGGAAACCGCCUUGUACGUGCACCCCACCCACUCCUGCCCAAAAUACUGUUGCCAUUCAAUAUAAGAAAUUUUAUUUUCAAGACUUUUUAAUAUCUUUCCAAGUUGAUCUCUUACCCCCUCCCCUUCUGCCAUUCCAAUCUCUCAGCCCAUCCAAAAGGAACCUUAUUUCUUAAUAUUAUAAGAACUGAAGAGAAGGAUCGAUCCUAUGUAUCCUUGGAAUCGGGGAAACGGCUUAGCUUUUUAUUUAUUUUAACCUCUCCUUUAGCUACUAAUUUCAUAAUAAUAAUAAUAAUAAUAAUGUUUGAAUCUUAACUAACCCCUUAUACCUGCUUUUUUUCUUUUUGGCCUCUCCUAACUCCUUGCUAUUCAAUCCUGCCAUUCCCACUCACACAUCUUCACUCUGUAUUGAUCCGGUGCACACUUGCAUGUAUGCAUGCAAUAACUCCUGCUCGUUGCAGUUUAUCUUAUGGCUUGCUAAUUUUGAGCUGCCAUCUGUACAUAUAGAAAACAGUUACGUGUAUGUAUGCACAUGUACAAGUGUACUUAUGUAUACAUGCUAUUGUGCAGGUGUGUAUAUGUUUAUAUAUAUAUGAGAGAGGUGUGGUGGUGUAAACUGGAAAAAUUACUCAAAAUGUGUGUAUAUAUAUUAAUAUUUAGCAGAAGUAACUAACUCAAGGGCCAAGAGUUUUGUGUGUUGGUGCUUAUCAAGCUUCAAGCUAAUGCAUGGAAUUCUCAGCUCCCAAGUCACUUAGUUGCUUCUGCUAAAUAUCAAUAUGUGUGUGUGUAUGUGUGUACACUUAAACAUUCUUGGGGAUUGAUUUACUAAAACCAAACUGUUACAAAGGUUUAAAAUUUCAUAGAAGUUGUUUAAUCAUAUAUCCACCCUCCUUCAAGAGGCCAUAACCAGUUCCCCACCACCAUUGCUGAUGAAGACAAUUGGCACCCCUUUAUCAGAGCAAAUUCUUUCUGUGACAUCACUGGAACCAAAUUCUCCUUUCAAAGAAAAUUUAGAAUUGUUUUUAUAGAACAAAUUGCUGCAUUAUUUACUUCAAAAGGAGAAGGAGGGGAAGAACCAAGAUAUUUGCAGACACACACACACACACACACACACACACACACACACACACACACUAGUGUGAAUGGUAAAGUAUGAUGGCGGCAGCUCAUUUAUAGUGAUUUUUCAUGGAGUAUUAGUUGUUUACACUCAGAGUUGUGACAGGUUUUGACAGGUGUGUCCAUAGUGUUAAUCAAGGUGUUAAUGUCAGGUGAAAAUUAUCUGACUUAAUGAGAAAAACAGUUUUUUAUUGUGAAUGUGUGCAUGAAGUGUGAGAAAGAGAAGGGGGGUGGGUAUGUAAACAUGGGUCCAAAAUUUUAAAUUUUGCCCAAUUUGGGAGGGGGGGACUGGAAAAUACAAUUGGAAUGUUUUUUUUAUUUCCAUGAAAGUCAGAAAUAAAUUAUGGUAAAGAAAAAAAAACAUUGAUCAAAGCAUGAUUCACAUUUAUAUGAAAUCUUAAAAUAAAUAAAGCAAGAAAUGAACCCUAAAUUAUGCAGAAACCCUUAAUAAGAAGCAAGGUCUGAUGUUUUGACUUUUGGAAAUUUCAACUCAACUGCUGCUUUGUCUUAUUUUUUACUUUUUGUUUUGUUUUGCGUUUUUUUAUGCUUGUUGCCAGGAAUGAAAUGGUUGCCUUUGUAAAAGACCGAAUAUCACCAAAGAUAGCAUCGAUUUGGAAGGAGGCUGGAGCUUUCUUUCUAACACCAAACUGUCGACAGGUUCUAAUCUGCCAGACGGUUUGUUCACCAUGGACUACGAAGAAGUGAUUGGCACAAUUGGAGGAUGUGGACUUUAUCAGAGACUGAUGCUAGCUUUCCUCUUCUCUUCAACCAUUAUGGAUGGUUUACAAGUUGGAAGCAUGGUUUUUAUUGCACCUGACUUAGAUUACAGGUGUGCUAUUCCUGGUUACGACAAUGACACGUAUAAAAUCCAAAGUGAAAUCCAUGAAGAACUGAUCAACGAAUAUAUUCCAAAGAGUGAGGAUGAAGGGGAGGUGGUUUAUGAAAAAUGUUUGAUAUAUUUCAAUAGCACUGAAAAUGGAAAUCGAACGACACAGAAGUGCAGUUCUUGGGUUUAUGAUAAAACCAACACACACACCUCAAUCACCAGUCAGCUGAAUCUAGUUUGCGAUAAAGCGAUUCUGGCAAGGUACACCAUUUCCGUUUAUUUCCUGGGGUGCCUUUUCGCCAUGGUCGUCUGUGGAAUUUUAUCAGACAGAUUUGGUCGCAAAAAAGUGAUAAUUGUGUGUUUAUUUUUGGAAGGGUCAACUGGAAUAGCAAUGGCCUUCAUCUCCAACAUUUAUGCCAUAUAUGCGUUACGUUUUAUCACUGCUGUUGGUGGUUCUGGAUCCUACGUUCCUUCAAUUGUCCUUGCUUCUGAAGUGUCUUCGGCGGACAGUAGAAUGAAAUCUUCCAUUGCCAUCCAAAUGGUGGUUACCGUUGGAUACCUGAUCGUUUGUCUGCUGACUUACUUUGUGAGGACCUGGAGGACUUUGAUGAUCAUAAUAUCAACCCCGUCACUGGUGUUCGCCAUCGUCUAUCUCUGUUUCCUAGACGAGUCUCCCCGAUGGCUCCUCAAUAAAAAGAGAACAAAAGAUGCCAACUUAAUUCUUAGCAACAUCGCCAAACUGAAUAAAACAGUUUUGCCUCAAACAGAAAUCGUCAACAUUUCCUCAUCGAACGAGAAAAAAGUAGAAAUCUGGAAAAUGUUUACCAUUCCUCAGCUUCUAAAACGGACCCUAAUUUUGAUGCUAAACUGGGCGAUUGUGAGCUUGGUAUAUUAUGGCCUUACUCUUAAUAUUGGCAAAUUAUAUGGCAAUUUCUAUAUGAAUUUCUUUUUGAAUUCGGUUGUCGAGUUUCCAGCGAACAUUCUGUGCAUCCUUCUGUUAAAUCGUGUUGGAAGAAAAAAAAUGCAUGCUAGCCUGAUGGUUUUGGCUGGAGUCGCUUGUAUCGCUGGAAUAUUUCCCGUCCUCUAUGGCAAUAAAGCCCAUCGAUGGAUAUUAACUGCCAGUUCGAUGUUAGGCCGUAUGUUUAUCACUUCAGCCUUUUCAAUUGUGUAUUUAUACACUUUGGAGUUGUAUCCAACUUGUAUAAGAAACGGUGCAUUGGGGACUAUGUCCACCUUUGCCCGUGUUGGCGGCAGUGUGGCACCUUAUAUUCUCAACUUUUCAGAUUUGGUUUCUGGCAAGGUUGGUCGAAUAAUGCCGAUGAUUCUUAUGGGACCACUUUCCGUAAUAGCGGGGCUAUUGUCAUUGUUGUUACCCGAAACAAACAACCGGAAAAUGAUGGACAACUUCAGUGAUUUGACCGAAUCUGGACAACUGGAGUUCGCUGUUAAAAAGGAUGAAGUUGUAAAGGAAGAAAGUCAAACUAAGCAACCGAAACAAUCUGCAGAGGUCACAAAAUUUUAAUGCAUUGUUGGUGGUAAGACAUCAUCAACAGCAGCAAAUUCUAACUUUUUCCGUCGUUCGUUGUCAAUCACUGCUUGCUGUAAAGAGAGAAUUAUUUCAAUUAAAACAAAGACUGUUCAUAUUAGGGUUUCUUUCAAUAAAGAACACAUCUAUAUUU